CACAUAAUUGUUUUUCUUUCUCUGUGUUGACUGUUGUUUUUCGCUCAGUUUUUCAAGUUUUGGACACAGACAAGUGGUUUUGGAGACUAAAGUGAAAAUAUGAGCACUGCUAUUUUGAAGAGCACAAAUAUAAUUUAUAAUUGUUAAGGUUGUGAUGUACAUUUUAGCCCGAUAUGGGAAAAUUCAGCACCUACAGAUAUUUAGAGUUAAAAGAUGAUACCUCAACGUCACAUAUCAGCGUAAGGGGCAGGUCCCUGAAGCAACCGCGAAGACUUAAGAAAAUAUUUAUUUUGCUGAUUGUACUAGCGCUAUGUGUUACAUAUUUUUUGGGGCUUUUCGCGGGCCAGACACAGUGGUUCGAUGGGCUGGCCAAGAGUCUGGGGUACGAGAGCGUAUACCACCAUGCAGUUAUUAUCGACGCUGGAUCCUCUGGGACGAGAGUCUUGGCGUAUAAGUUUAGAGUGCCGUUUACAGUAUUUGGUCAAGCAAGUCUAGAUUUAGUGGAUGAAUAUUUCGAAGAAACUAAACCGGGUUUAUCGUCUUACGUCGAUGACCCGGAAAAGGGUGCGGAAACGAUAGUGCAUUUAGUGAAAAGAUCGGAGGAACGCAUUCCUAUCGAUGUAAAGAAGAAAUGGUCGACACCACUGAUCGUACGAGCCACAGCUGGCCUUCGGCUUCUGCCCGAAGACAAGGCCGACAUGCUUAUAGACGCAGUGGCCAAGGCGAUCGCACAGCUGGGCUACGAUGUCGGCGAAAAUAGCGUGGAGAUAAUGAAGGGGUCCGAUGAAGGCAUCUUUAUUUGGUACACCGUCAACUUGUUGCACAAUUUAAUGGGCGUAGAGACAAUGGCAGCUUUAGACUUGGGUGGCGGUUCGACUCAAAUCACGUAUCAAUUGAACGAGGAGGAUACGCAACUGUUUCCCGCCAAAGAUCAGUAUAUUGUGCCGGCCGGAGAAAAUAUUACCAUUUAUACACACAGUUAUCUAAAAUUAGGUCUGCUAGCCGCUCGGUACGGUACGUUCAGACUCGAGACGAGUGACAACUCCACGAGCGAUUUUAAGUCUGUGUGUGUGGACCCUAUUGUACAAAAGGAGAAAUGGAUCUAUGGCAACAAGCAGUACGCUAUUAGUGGAGCUCCGCGUCCGGAUAGUAUGAAAAGGGACGCAGUGUACGCGCGCUGUCACGACCUGGUCAAGCGCUACGUAAUGAAGACCUUGGACUGGGAACCCAAAACCGCCCCGCGGGGAGCUGUCGCCGCUAUGAGCUACUUCUACGACGUGGCUGCCGAUGCUGGGAUUAUUGACGUAAUGAAAGGCGGCACAGUCUCCGUGGCCCAGUACCGAGCAAGCGCCAUCAAAGCGUGCUCUGCGUCGAACGUAGACCAACCGUGGGCCUGCGUCGACCUGGUCUACGUAGUCACCCUACUGCAAGAUGCGUACAAGAUUCGUGACAACGAGCGCAUAUCGCUCUUCAAAAAGGUGAACGGUCACGAGGUGUCGUGGGCCCUGGGCCUCGCCUACACCACCGUGAUGAACCGCAUGACCGUCGCGUCGGCUGCCUAGCAGCGUUCCCACAAGUAUUUACAUAUGCGUUUCAAUUAAGACGACCAUCGCGAAAUAUGGUAAAUUUUGAGAAAGGACUCGCCAUAUUUGCUCUGUGUCAACUGUUAACUGUCAUGUCCAAAGUACAAGUUACUUUUUUUUUUUGUUUGGUGGCUGUUUGUAGUGCUAAACCAGCACAACGCACUUCGCCAGUGUCGAGUAGCUUGAGGGAGGCACAUAAGAGAUUGGUCGGUAGUACGAUAAACCGUACUUUAGACAUGACUGUUGACACAUAGACCAAAAAAUAUGGCGAAUCCUUUCUUAUUUACGCAUCAUACAUGAAAUUUAAUGUCAAAAUAAUUGUACUUAAAUUCGGGUGUAAGGUUAAUCGCACUUUGGAUACGAAUUUGUAUCGUGCGUGAAUGUGUGAAUACUGGUCGUAUGAAUUGAGUGCGAGUACUCUUAUACAGAAUGCGAUUUUCUCUAUCAAAUAGGCAGUGUCCCAGUGAUAUCGCUUUCGUGAUGAAUAAUAAUCUAUAUUCGAGAUAAUUCUCUUAUUUUAUCCCAUCUGAUUGCACAAACAUGUUUGUUAGUAAAAUCAAUUCAAGUCCAACGCACAAAAGUUGAUCUAUUUAUAAAUCCCAACAAGUUCGGAUGGUUACCAGAUGUCGGAACUACACGCACGACUAACUCGGACUUAGGCGCUCCCACAGUACUUGGAAAGUCGGGAUUGUUCGUGCAUAAUCGCACGAGUUAAAUUCGUACGAAAACAUCCGAAGUGCGGGCGGCCUUAUUGUUCUGGUAAGUUUUACAGAGCGUUGUAACGCUCUGUAAAAAUUACUAGACUCAGUAAACAACCAGUAACAAAAAACGCUUGAUUGUUACUUGUUAAACGCUUGGUUGUACAAGUUUGAUAUGUGAAGUAGGUACCUGCCUCACCGAUGGUCUCCUUAAUUGAAACACUUAGUGCUUUUCGAAUUAUUUAUGAUUGUUUGUAUUUAUUUCAUUCGUAUUUAAAAGAGGUUUAUUCGUAGUGCUCUCCAAACAAACGUAGUUUGGAUCUCAUUUGAAUAGUAAUCCAGUAAACUCAAUGAAAUAUUUGUCUACGUUCUAGGAACUAAUAUCUACAUAAUAUGUCUGUCGUUUUCCAGAUUUCCGUUAAAAUAUUCAGUUUAAAAGUUACACAGUCUCAAGGAUUUAGAUACAAAUAUUUAAACACGUGUAGCUUUAAAACUAUUUAUUUUUACAGAAAUAAGGCAAACUACAGACAUAGAUAAUAAUUUCUAGAACAUGUCUACAUUUUACAUUGAGUUUGAUUGGUUAAUAUUCAAAUGUGAACCAAACUACAUUUGUAUGGAGCAAGUGACGGAGAGACCGCCGUUAGUUCUAGAAUGGACUUCACAGAGAUUAAUAAAUGUUUGUUCGUUUCAAACGUUCCGUGUUUGACUUUAACUUAAUUUAUUAUUAUUAUAAUAGUACAAUUCAAUACGUAUAUUAGAUGUAAUUUAUCUAUGUAUUCUACAAAAUGACGAUUUUAUGCUGAUUUUAUUUUUCUACUGCGUAGAUUUUGUUACAAUCCUUUUUCAAAAAUACAUUGAACUGAAAUGAUAAUUAAUUAUAGAAAAAUAAUGUAUUUUUCGGACAGCAACGUGAUUAAAGAUUUUAUAAUAACGAUUAAGGUUUUUCAAAUUUUUACACUGAAUUUUGUAAUAAUAUCGACUCUUUUGUACUGAAGUUCUUUUGAAGACAUUUUUUCUAAGCAAUUCAUUUUUUUACUUAAAAGUGCAAACUCGCAAAAAUAAACUGCAUUCCUCAAACUUAUUUUACGUACGUGACAAAAGUUCGCACAAUUUUUUAUGACCUUAUAAUAAUUUACACAUAACUUGACAUAAAAAUAUUAUGUAAUUUCUUACAAUGAUAAAAAUAAAUGGUUGUCUGUAUAAUAGGUAGGGGAGUAGGUAUAUUAAAUGUAUUUUUUUGACUAUUACUUCAUCAAUAAUAUUAUAUUUUUAUUUAUUUAUUGCUGCUUAAGCAAAUAAUAAAUAUUACCAUGUGCUGUGUUAAUUUUAUGGUGACCACGUGAUUUUCUAUGAAUUUUAUAAAAUAUGAAAACUGUAUGUAUAAUAUUGAUUCAUUGUGAAAUAGUAUUUAUAUAACAUAAUUUAAUAUAAUUAAUCUUAUAGAUCUUAUUGUGUAUUUUGUGAUAGGUAGUGAAAAUUUUAAUAUUUCUACUCGGGUGGGUAUACUUAAUUUUAUCUUUUAGAUGGUUUAGUUGAAUGGGUUAAUAAAACAGGUGUUACAGAAUUAACAUUCACUCAAUGGCAGUAGAAUUUAUGUGCGUCAGUUCAAACUCGAACUUGUUUAUUUUUUUCUAUAUUCGUAUAAAUAUAUUUACGUUCACGUUUUUAUGAACAAUUUUUGCUUGAACGAACACGCACAGAUGAGUCUUUGCGCCCCUAACAAAUGAGUGAACUUAUAUUCUGUACUCGAAUAUUUUAAUUUAAAAAUUGUAUAAGGGGUUGACAACUUUAUCGUUUAAUUUAAAUGGAUAAAUACAUAUGUUGUUUAAAUAGUUACAUUACACAUUUCGUACACGUAAUGGCAUAUUAUACACAUGACGUGUGUAGCUACCAUUACAGCUAAAGUAUCUUCAUUAUGCCCUCUCUUCACUCGCGUGCGAGCUACGGCGCGGGAGCCCGUAAACGGCGAGAAUUAUAGAGAUUAAUCCGAUGGAGCAUUUCAGAUAUUAGCAUUAGAAAAAUCACGUGAAAUAUGUAACACUCGCUAUCUUUACGUAGCCUGCGAAUAUUUAAGAAGCAAAAUCUCACAAAAUUUGAAAAUUAUGCCAUUCAAGUCAUCCCGCUUUAUUGUUUAAAUUUAGCGCGCGCGUUGUAAUCGACCUGAGCUAAAGAGCGCGAGCGAGAACACUUCCGUCCCUGCGUGUUAGAAAGGGAAAAAUAUCUUGUUCAAUUCAAGAAGCAAACAAUUUUUGCACUUAAAAUAGUUAUAAGUGCAAAAAAUUCACUAGGUGUGAAAACUAACCUGCGAAAAUCAGCGAUAUUGAUCUUGAUCAUAAUUCGUAAUUUAAUGUAGCGAACGAUUUAUUACGAGAAUUUGAAAAAUCACUUUCCUUGAGAGAUCGCCUAUGGAGAAAAAUAAUAAUUUAAUCAAAUGAAAAUGAUUUGAAAUUAGCAAUCAUGCCCAUCGCGAAACAAUCCACACUGACACUAGUAUCUCGCGCCAUUCGCGAGCUUUUGCCCCACGAUUUGCGCACAAGUGAAGAGCGGGCUUUAGCUUUCAUUGCACUGUUUAUCUAUUGUAAAAGUACCUAGUGAAUUGGUGUUUAUGUAAAUUGUACAAAAUUUAAUAAAUGUUAUAUUUUAAA